CUUUAAUUUGCAUAGGUCUCAUUUUCAUAUUUUCAUAAAUUAAAGUUCAUUUUCAUUCAAUUAACUAAAUAAUUAAAUAAAAUAUUUAAUUAAAUUUUUAUUAACAUUUGAAUUGCGAAGGCAAGUCCGCAUGCCAAUUUGCCAAAUCCCAACUCCUCCCCUGUAUUUGCAGAUCUCAAGAAUUGCCCACAGCGACGACAGGAAUUGAAAUAGAUAAAAGAAUGGCUGAAACUUGAAAGAAAGUUUGAGAGAGAGAUCGAGAGAAACGGACGGUUGGCUCUCUCUAAUGGCCUUGUCUCUCGGAGCCUUUUCAUCCCCUAUCAUCUGCAAGACUAACAACGGCGGUAACGGCGACUUGCACCAAGCGCACGUGGCGACGUACAUUCGACGCUCAGCCGAGUUGGCGGACAAGUCGGCGGGGCUUACUUCUCCUCACCCGAACUUCGGAUGCGUGAUUUCCGCCGGCGCCGGGAAAGUUGUCGGCGAGGGGUAUCUCUACGGGCAGGGAACUAAGCCGGCGGAGAUUCAAGCGGUAGAGGCAGCCGGCGAGUGGUGUCGAGGCGCCACUGCUUAUCUCAACUUGGAGCCUGGCGACUGCCAUGGGGACCACGCUGCUGUCUCCGCUCUCAUUCAGGCAGGAAUUACAAGAGUUGUUGUUGGGAUCAGACAUCCAUUGAGGCAUCUUAGAGGCAAUGCAAUACGUUUGCUAAGAAGUGAAGGCAUGCAGGUUGAUGUACUCGGGGAGGAUCUAAAAAGUAAAACAAUAGAGGAAGCUUUAAAAUCAUGCCUCUUGGUCAAUGCUCCCUUGAUAUAUAGAGCUGCUUCUCAAGUUCCCUUCUCCGUUCUCAAGUAUGCUAUGACCCUUGAUGGAAAAAUUGCUGCUAGUAGUGGUCAUGCAUCAUGGAUAAGCAGCAAAAUGUCUAGGAAUCGAGUUUUUGAACUGCGGGGCCGAAGUGAUGCGGUUAUUGUGGGAGGAAGAACAGUACGCAGGGACAAUCCACGGUUGACUGCGAGACAUGGAGGUGGACAUUUGCCUGUGCGCAUUGUAAUGUCACAGACCCUUGAUCUUCCUGAGGUAGCAAAUCUUUGGGAUGUCUCUUCUGCACCUACUAUUGUUGUGACACAAAUGGGUGCUAGGAAGAGUUUCCAGAAAUUCCUGGUCUCCAAAGGUGUUGAAGUAGUGGAAUUUGAGAUGCUAAACCCUAGAGAAGUGAUGGAAUAUUUUUAUGAUCGUGGAUAUCUUUCAAUUUUGUGGGAGUGUGGAGGGGCAUUGGCUGCACCUGCCAUUUCUUCUGGUGUUAUACACAAGGUGUUUGCAUUUGUUGCUCCUAAAAUCAUUGGAGGAAAGAAUGCACCAACUCCUGUGGGUGAGCUUGGGAUGGUUGAGAUGUCGCAAGCACUUAAUUUAAUAGAUGUUUGUUAUGAGCAGGUUGGCCCUGACAUGCUUAUUAGUGGAUUUCUCCAUCCUAUUCCGGAUCUGGCGCCUGUUAUUCCAUCAGCAGAUGAGACCUCUGUCAUUGAUCCUACUGUUAUCCCGUAUGAAUCAAGCAUCAUUUUCUUUUAUAAAACAUGGGAUCCUUAUGGAGCCUUCUCAAAUUUCUCACCUCAUCCUAUUCAAAUGCCUGACAAGAAUGGUGAUUAUCAGACAUGGUUGAGUGUAGAGCAUUAUUACCAGGCACAGAAGUUUGUUAGGGAAAAUGAUCCUGUAACACAUGAUUGUAUUGAAGAGAUAAAAUCUGCAAGAAGCCCAGAGGAAGCAGCACGAAUAGGAAGGACAAUACAGAAGCAGUGUCCUGAUCUGGUUAGAUCUGAUUGGGAAGGAAUCAAGAUUGAUAUCAUGUACAGGGCCCUGAAAUGUAAGUUCUCAAUCUACCCUCAUCUGAAUUCUAUGCUGCUCUCAACCGCUGGGUCUGUUCUUGUUGAAGCUUCACCUCAUGACCUCUUCUGGGGUGGAGGCCGGGAAGGUGAGGGCUUAAAUUAUCUGGGUAGGCUGCUGAUGCAGUUGAGAUCGGAGAUUUUAGGCGAAUCCUCAAUAUCGAGUGACAGUCCUUGCUUGGCCCUGUAAGAAAAGAUAAAGACAUUGUGCCAACAGUUGGUAACUUGUUUUAAUAUUAUAAUACUUGAAAAACCAAUAUUUCAAUAAUAUUUUUACUUUUUGCAA